UUGGACCAUACGUCAAAUUCAUCACGUCUUUGAAUUUUAAUUUCAGUCAUCCGAUAAAAAUACAUUUAACAUAAGGAUAGAAAUGGGAGUUAUGAUCGAAAAAAUGUUGGGGAUGUUAAUAAAAAGUGUCAUAGUGUUAACGGUUAUUUUCACAAGUGUCAAUCUAGAGAAUGUCAAAAAUCAAACCACAACUAGUACUACAAGGACGCCAGUCAUGACUACCGGCAAUGCCUCCUGCGGUAGCUAUAGGAACAAUAGCUCUCCAGAGUGGUCUGCAGAUUGCAUAUUCCCGGACUUGUAUUCCAUAGAGAAGGGGGAAUGUGAACCAUUCACCGAAGUAGACUGUGGCAACCGUUCAGAACCAAUAACACCGUGUGAAUAUCCUAAGUCAAAUUGCACAAGACCAAAAGGUGAAAACGUAUCUUUAUGCACAUGUGAAAAAGACUCAGAUUUGAAUUUUGACAUGUGCUUAUCGCUCAAAGACGGCGACCAUGCAUGGCCGGCACGUCACUGGUCUCCAUUCUACGUUCAGUGUACAUCCCAGCGAACUCUCCCAAGUAGCUGUUCCGGGCAUUCAGUGAUCUACAACUUCUUUCAAAAUAAAUGUCAGUUGGUGUAUGAAGUGGUGAACGCAGCCUACAACUUGUCUUUAUCGUUAGAUAUUCCGGAAUCUCUUUACCACCUAAUAUCAGUUGCACCAACGAAAUUUAUGCACCAAACAACACAAGAUAUUUCUAUGACACCAACACCUACUACAAAUAUUUUAAUACAGAAAACACCUGACGGUUUUGGAGCAUUUACAGACAUAAGAUCUACGAGUGUGUUUCAACAUGGUGGAAGUUCAAUGGGUAUAAGUGCUCUGUCAUACACAACACCACCUCUUAGUGAUGUAAAACUAACCACCACCGGUAUAACCCAUCUUACUUCAUCCGUAUAUAACUUUGAAUUAUCAACUCAGUUAUUUUCUUCUUCUAGUUCUUUUUCGGGAGGAGCUACAGACUACCUACUAGAACCAUCGUCACUUACAUCUGUAUCACCUCAUUUUGUGCCGCAUUUACCUUUUGAAACAAAGACUAAGUUUAUCAGCACUGAGGUUUUACCUCUACCGAAUAAAAACCAAUCUGUCAUUAAGGCAUACACUAUAGUGACUUCUAGUACCAUUACAAGUGUUGAAAAGGAACAUAUAUUAUCACAUAGCUCAGAUAGAACAAUAGAAUCCAAGAAGGAACAAGCAAAUAUUGAACCAACGCCUUCAUCUGCAUUCAGUGCUUUUGCAAAUACAAUAGAGAACAUUUUGUAUUUCGAUUCUUUACAUCGAGUUUACACAGCAUCUGAAAUUUCGUCGCAGUACGAAUUGUCGUCACAGAAUUUGUUUUCCUUUUAUGAAUCAAUGGACCCUUCUUUUCCAGAUUCACUACAAACAAACUCAGUUUUUGAUUUGACGUCCGCGUAUUCAGUGUAUCCUUCGGAAUCCAAUACGAUAUCUGACUUUUCUUCCGGGUUAGAAUCCUUGCAAACGUCACAUUCAUUGAACUCGGUGGGCACAUCAUCAGGCAAUUCUUAUGAAUUAUCAUUGUUACUGUCAUCAGUUCAAACAAGCUUGUCGUCAUUCUCAUUAACACCCUUCCUACCACAAUCAGUGCCAUCCUCGUCCUCUCCUUCGCCACAACCAACAAAGUCAUCCACAUUUAUGUUAACUGAAACUUCUUUCUCCCAAAGGCAGUCGCCAUCAUUAACAUCACUGUCGUCAUUGAUGUUAGUAUAUUUAUCUUCUUUUGACUAUCAGUCGUCACCAGUGUCUGUAACGGAUUCAUUAACAACAUCUAAACAUUUAUCUAAAUUGGAAGGUACAUACUCACCAUUGUCAACAUUGGUAGAAAAAAACACUUUGCUGCAUUUUUCAUCUUUGUCGUCACCUUCCAAAACAGAUUUCUUUAAAGGUAAAACAACAUCAUUACCGCCAUUAUCAACUACAUUAUCACUGUUAUCAUCAUCACCGUUAUCAUCAUCAGUAACAACAAUAACAACAUCAUCAUCAUCUUCUUCUUCUUCUUCAAAAGUAUCAUCAUUACCACCACCGUCAUCUUCAUCAUUAUCGUUGUCAACUACAUUAUCACUUUUAUCAUCAUCACCGUUAUCAUCACUACCAUCAUCAACAUCAACAUCAAAAACAUCAUCAUCAACAUUAUCACCACCACCAUCAUCAUCAUUACCGUCAUCGUCAUUCAUUUCAACGCCAUCUUCAGCCUUUCAGUCCGCAUCCAUGAACAGGUUAUCAUCAAGAGCUAUAACACCAUUAAUGUCAUCAUUUUCUUUCCCGUCUCCAAAAUAUUUACCGUCCUCAAUGAUAACACAUCUGUCUAUGUCAGAUUUGCUUACAGAAGGUAGAGCUACAUCGGCACCGUUAUCAACAACGUCACAUCUUGAUAUGGCAGAACUAAAAAGUGACGGUAGAUUUGUGUUGAAGUCAUCAGUGGCUAUUUCCCAAAUAUCGCCGUCAAAAUCAAUGUCUGAAGUUCUAUCUCUUUCAAAAACAUUUUCUGCUACCUCAGUGACUACCUCGCUCUUUUCCAUGACAGAAUCAAUUAUACACGAGAGAUCUGUGCCUGAAGCAUUAUCGGAAACGCCGAUAUUACCUUCAAACGUACAAACAGAACACGAGAUUGCUUAUUCCACAUUGAACAAUUUAUCAAUGGAAACGUCUAUUGGAUCGGUGUCAUCUUCUAAAAAAGAAGAGUCGGCUUCAAAGAAAUCUUUUCAGACUCGUGGUGAUAGUUCAAAUGAAAUAAAACCAUCAAAAACAUUUACGAGCGGAAGUUCAAAUGAAUUGGAACUGUCGACAGAUUUUCUGGGCGGAAGUUCUAGUACACUGGAACCAUUAACAACUUUUCCGGGCGGACGUUCAAGUGUAUUGGAACCAUCAACAACUUUUACGAGUGGCAGUUCCAGUCUAUUGAAACCAUUUACAACAUUUCCGAGCGGCAGUUCCAGUCUAUUGAAACCAUUUACAACAUUUCCAAGUGAACAUUUAUCAACAUCUCCGCGUCAGACAAUAUCUACUGAUAACAAAGCGGGUGGAAAAUCUGCUGAAAUACAGAAAAACAAUGAAACAUCUAUUGCAAUUGGUGUAGGUGUUGGUGGAGGAAUUGUAUUAAUAUGUUUGAUUUUGUUGAUUGUUAUAAUAGUAUUGAGGAAACGGAAGAAAAGGGGAAGAAGAAAUUUCUUUCAGGUACGGUUGCCUCCUGAGCUUUUCAUGACACGAAGUCUAUGAUAAAUGUGUGUUAUCACGGUAAAAUGGUAAUCUUACAGAAACUUCGGAAAUUCCAUAUACUUUAAGUGGUUUCUUAUUUACUUUGACUUAAUACUGGUUGUAAUUUAUUUCAUCUACAUGGAGCAAUUUUAGAAUCGUCACAUUUCAGAACUAGACAACCCCAUUUUACGCCAGAGCUCACAAGCUUUGCUAAAGCCUUGAUUGGGAUCGUUUGUUGUUUUGAAAAGAUUAUUGAUCUUAAAUACGUAAACUCAAUUUGAAAAUAUGAAAAUGAACUUUAUUUCUUGAUGCUUCCUUCGUACAUAAUUAUAUAAUAGUCGAUUUAUUGAUUUCCAUUUCAAAAAGCUCUUCCUGGUGUUUGACAUUAUACUAAUCCUCUUUUUUUAUAUCGGCUCAGCGGGAUGGCUGAGCGUGGGUAAAUCGCUCACGAUAUUAUCGUCAUGUGUAUUAAAUACUCAUUUAUUUUUUGU